CUUCCAAUGUCCAAAGAGACAACGCGAAUAGUGGAGAAUUGACACCAUGACACAACGCAUCGAGCCAUGGAUGACGACAAGCAGCUGCUGUAGAAGCAUCGCCAACCACCCAAACAAACACAUACAACCUGCCAUUCCACAUCUUUAUCUCCUACCUAAUAGCAGUAGCUAUCUUAUCGAGGUAACAGCUAGCCAUAAGGAUAUCUUUUAUUGACCAGAGCGGAAGAGGUAUAUCCCCAUUGCACCUUCCGCGAACUUCCACAAUCCGCAGCUUUCUACCGAUCUGUUCCUCCUCUACCAGUAUCAGUACUGUAGUUAGUCCAGUACCAGUACUGUAGUUAGAAUGGGUUGUGCAUCCUCCUCCGAAGCCAAGGCCGUGGCGAAUGAUGAUCAAAAGGAGAAUAAAAAGCCGACCAUAUCUUCGAAUCAAAAUAAUAGCAACGAAAAACCAGCUACCACAACUACAGAUAGUAGUACCACCAAACCACCCAAUAAUGGAGACGGCAACGGGACCACUUCUCAAGAUACGACAGCGCCAAAGGGCUGUAAUACAAAUAGCGAGAGCAGCCAAGAAAUCGUCUGUGGAUCUCUGGGACCUGUUCGGUAUGCCUGUUGGAGCAAACGCGGCAAGGAUCCCGACGAUGCCAGCAAACCCAAUCAAGAUUCCUUUGCGGUCACCGAAAAAUUCGCCAAUGAUGCCACGGAUUUCUUUUGGGGUGUCUACGACGGUCAUGGCAAGACAGGUGCCGACUGCUCGGCAUUUGUACGCGACAAUUUGCCUCCUCUACUCGUCAGUGCCUUGGGAGAACACUUUGAUUUGAUGCUCAGUACCGAACAAAUUCACGCCUCGUUACAAAAGGCACAUGUACAAUGCAAUCAACAACUGCACGAUAACCCAAGCAUUGACGACUCGUAUUCGGGCACGACGUCCAUUAGUGUCUUUUUGCAAGGCUCGCUCCAACGAAUCACCAUUGCCAACGUCGGAGACAGUCGCGCCAUUUUGGGAACCACACUACCCGAUGGCAAACUCAUGGCGCUUCCCCUGUCCAAAGAUCAAACUCCCCGUCGACCGGAAGAAGCCCAACGAGUGAAACAGCAUGGGGCGCGCAUCUUGUCGUUUGGAGAAAUCAAUGGCGACGGCGACAAUAAUUGCGACGACGAGGACGAAGAUCCACCCCGUGUGUGGGCGCAAAAUGGCAAAUAUCCCGGAACGGCAUUCACUCGAUCGUUGGGAGACGCCAUUGCCGAACGGUUGGGAGUCGAUGCCAAUCCGGAAUGCAUGUCGUUGAAACUGUCGGACAAUGAAAAAUUCAUUUGCUUGGCCACGGAUGGGAUCUUUGAUGUCAUGUCCAAUCAAGAAGUGGUGGAUUAUUGUAUGAAGCACCGAACGGAUCCCUUGGAGGCUUGUAAAGCGAUUGUCAAUAAAAGUCACGAAGAAUGGUUGCACAAUGAAGAAUGCGAACACGAUGAAGAUCCACGAGCGAGUUAUGAUGACAUGACGUUGAUUUGUAUCUUUCUCAACAAUGUGUGGCAAGUUGGUGACAAGGACAAAGCAGCAGAUGCACCACAAACGGAGGAAGUAGCACCCCACGAACGAAGAAGGCGUGUACGGCAAAAGACGCUGCGGAAUCUGGAAGAAAUGGAGUAGUAGGAAUUUUUGUCUUCCAUCAUGAUGUGUACUGUAGCAAUAAGCAAAUGCUAACUACCGUUCGAAUGGCCAAGUUAUUAGGUGCU